GAGUGUGUGGGUGUGUAAGAAACAGGUUAACAGGGAUAUUUAAGGACAGGUGCAGGUUACUGAGCUAUGCUGUCUGAGAUGACACAGAUGAAGAUGAUCCACGUACUCAGUGUAGCAUUUUCCGUCGCUCUUUUAAUGAGUGGAUGUGCUGCACAACUUGAUGUGUGUGGCAGAGCAUCUCUCAACACAAGGAUAGUUGGAGGACAGAAUGCACCGGCUGGUGCUUGGCCAUGGCAGGCCAGUCUUCACACAAAUGGUGCCCAUUUUUGUGGUGGAUCACUCAUCAACAGUGAAUGGGUUCUGACUGCAGCUCACUGCAUUUCCAGUGCCCUGACUGUGUACCUGGGCCGACAGACACAGGAAGGAACAAAUGCAAAUGAACAGUCCAAGAGUGUCUCUGAAAUCAUAAAUCAUCCAAACUACAGUAGCAGCACUGAAGACAAUGACAUCACUCUUCUGCAUCUGUCUUCACCAGUGACAAUAAAUGACUAUGUCAGACCAGUCUGUCUGGCUUCAGCAAACAGUACAUUCUUUAACGGUACUGUGAGCUGGGUCACCGGAUGGGGAAACACUGCGUCAGGCGUUAACCUGCAGUCACCGCAAACCUUACAGGAAGUGCAAGUGCCUAUUGUUGGAAACAGGCAGUGUAAGUGUCUUAAUGGCGUCUCAAAAAUCACAGACAACAUGAUAUGUGCCGGACUACUACAAGGAGGGAAAGACUCCUGUCAGGGUGAUUCUGGCGGUCCUUUGGUCAGCAAACAGGGCUCGAUCUGGGUCCAGUCUGGAAUUGUGAGUUUUGGCAAUGGUUGUGCUUUAGCUAACUCUCCUGGUGUGUAUGCCCGAGUGACUCAGUACCAGAACUGGAUCAAUCAGAAGAUCACCACCAACCAGCCAGGCUUUGUUACGUACACCUCCAAUGGUACUGACGGUGACCUGUCAAUUAGCUGUGAUGGUGUGCCUGCCAUUACCACAACCACUGUUGCCACUACAACUACAACUACAACCGUUGCACCUGUAGUGUGUGGAAGUGCCCAACUGAACACCCGCAUUGGAGGAAACAGCUCCCUCGUAUCUUCCGGUACAUGGCCAUGGAUGGCCAGCCUGCAGUUUAACGGCAGUCACGUUUGUGGAGGAACGCUGAUUGCUGAACGCUUUGUCAUGAGCUCUGCCAGCUGCUUUACCAGAUCCAAAAAUGCCUCUGACUGGACCGUGAUCCUGGGUCGUCUGAAUCAGAACAACGCCAACCCCAACGAGGUCUCUAUAAAAGUGGCGAAUCUCACAAUCAGCAAUAGUACAGGUAACAACAUUGCAGUCUUGCAGCUGGCUGUCGCACCAAACCUGACAAAUUUCAUUCAGCCCAUAUGUGUGGACUUGGGAGAUAGCAUCUUCAGCACAAACACUCAGUGCUGGGCAGCAGGAUGGGGCUCAGGAUCAGGAGGAGUGAAUCAAACUCUUCAGGAAUACCAGACCUCUGUUGUGAGUUGUGGAAACUCAUCCGCAAACAACAGCAUUUGUACAAGUUCCUUGAACUUACAGGAGGGUGAUCAGGGUGGUCCGCUGAUGUGUAAGCUGGGUCAGUCAUGGAUCCACGCUGCUGUUUUGACCAUACAGAGUAUCAGCAUACAGACUAACGUUUCAAACAGCAGCAGCUCUAACACAAGCUCCAGCAACACCACCCGCUCUGUUCGCGCUCAAGACGUCCAGGUCUUCACUAAAACCUCCAGCUUUGCCUCAUUCCUGUCAUCUGUUGUGGGUUCCUUCCCUGCAAGAGCCACAAACUCCACAAGUUCAACUACAAGCGCAGCUAACAACAACGCAACCCAAGGCACCUCCAAUGGCUCACAAGCAUCUUCCUCCUUCUGUUUUACCGUCUCAGUCCUCUUGCCUGCACUUACAGCUCUUAAACUCUUUCAUCAAGGCAUCAACUGAGGUUUUGUGUAGAAUGGGCCACUUUUUGUUAACUAUGAAUGUGAAUGUAAGCACAUAAUACAAGUCUUCAAUGUACAGAUUACCUAAUCAUACAACAUAAAAAGCUUUUGUGGGGCACAUAAUUCAUUCAUUCAUCACAAAUGUGAACUCUUAGGAUCUCUAUUGUAUCUCAGGCCGUGAAGAUGCUGUUCUUACAAUGUAUAAUUACGCUGUAUGAUUUUACACUAGUAACAAGUGCAUAGCUAAUGUUUGUGACCAGGCGGUUUACCUAUAUUUACAUUGUAGCAGAUGCAGCAUGGCACUUUAUGAAAACGUCCCGGUUUGAGUGGUUCAGUUCUAAUACUGACUAUACUGUAGCUUAACUAACUAGUACCUCAAGCUGUACCACAUUUGGGACAUGACUGUAAAUUAAAUAAAUUAAAGAGUGAAAUAGUUUGGAUUUUUUUUUUUUAAAAAAGAACAACAUUUUCAAAUGUUUCAUAAUAUGAAACUAUAUUUUCAGAUAUUUUUUAAACAUAUCUAUUUAUCUUUUAUCUCUCUCCUGUGAUGUUUUUAAUGAAAAGUCGUUAUCAUAUGAUUUCUUACGAAUGAAGUAACUCUUUUCAACACACUGUGAAAAGUAAAUGUAUAUUUUGUUGUAAAAAUGAUGAUUAAAAAGACAAAUUAAGUUAAAAUAAAACCAUUUUGGUGUGUUUCCGCCCCCUGAAUUGUUUUGGGCAAAAACCCAAGAAGGCAUGUGGUAAGAAUGUGGCUUGAAUUCUGCUUAGUCAUUGCUGUAAACGCAAGCCUGUGCUGUUCACAAUGUCACGUUAAACGUUGUACUUUUAGACUAUUUCAUUAUAAAAGUUUCCACAUAUCCAAUAGAAAUAAUAACAAAUGGUUGAAAAAUUCAUUAUUUCUCAUUUUCUGUUAUAAAUAAAUUUGUGUGAUUACCUUCUCUCA